AUUACUUGAAGAAAUAGUUGAGAUAUUAAAUCCUUGCGAAGAAAUAAUGAGACAUGUUUGUGGUGCCAAAUACUCUAUUAUGAAUCUCAUAUAUUCUUAUAUUUGUAUGCUAAAAAAUAGAUAUGCACCAGUAGCUAUGAAUAGUAAAUUCAUAGAAGAUUGGAUAGCCCUAAUUCAUGAUGAUUCAGAAGAUUCAAAUAAUGAAUCAGAUAUUAGUAGUAUAUUUACCCCCACAAACUGUGAUGGACUUUUGGAAAAAAUAAGUGCUACAAUUUAUUUGUCUUUUGAUGAAUUAUGGGACAUUCCUAGUGAAAUUGGAUUAAAGGAAGAAAGACAAGCAAGUUUUCCAUUGCUUUAUCAGCUUGCUCGAAAAUAUUUGUCUAUAUUUGCGAUAUCGGUCCUAUCUGAAUAUUUGUUUUCUAAUACUGAAGCCUAUAUCUCAGCAAGAAGAACUCGCCUUGCACCAGAUCUAGUAAGAAAAAUGCUAUUCUUAAAAAGAAAUAGUAAUAAUUUUCUAAUAUUACUUUUAUUAGAAGAUAAGUAG